UAUUCAUAGCUGGAAAAAAAAAGUGCAGAUUUUUCAUAUAGUAUGUGCAUGGAGACUACUAUUUCUAAUACGGUAAACAAGUCCGUUUUCUCAAAAUUAAAGAACAAAAUUUCAUCGAAAAAGCCACCGAUAGUAAUCGACGAUACUACUAUUAGUCGUAAUAAUACUCUUUCCAUGAGUAUAAUUACUACUGGUAGUAGUGAAAAUAGCGAGCGAUUGGAGAGGGUAUUUACGUACUUUGAUGAGGAUGGAGAUGGAAAAGUGUCGCCAGCGGAGCUACGGAAGUGCGUGAGGGCGGUAGGCGGUGAUCUGACGACGGAGGAGGCGGAGAUAGCGGUGAGGCUAUCGGAUUCGGACGGGGACGGAAUGUUAGGGUUAGAGGAUUUUAGUAAAUUAAUGGAAUUAGGAGAAAAGGAUGAUAAAGAGAGUGAGUUGAGAGGAGCAUUUGAGAUGUAUGAAAUGGAAGGAAGUGGCCAAAUUACCCCCAAGAGUUUGAAGAGGAUGUUGAGUAGACUUGGUGAGUCUAAAUCUAUUGAUAAUUGCAAAGCUAUGAUUCAAAGAUUUGAUCUUGAUGGUGAUGGAGUUCUUAGCUUUGAUGAGUUCAAAGUUAUGAUGAAUAGUUCUUAAAUUUUUUAAAUUUAGAAGAAAAUUAAGAACAUCAAGUGUGUGUAUAUAUAUAUGAUUCUUUGAUCUUUUCUUGGUUAAAGAGUUUCACGUCAGAUGAAGAAAGAAUGAGUUAAGUUAGGUCCAAAUUUUAUAACAUGAUAACAAAGCAAGAUGCGUCACAAGAUCUUGUUUGCCGAUGUUAGGCCUUCUCAUAUUAAUUUCCCAAGGAUAGAUGUCUGGCUAUGUUUAGCUUUGGGUGUACUGAGGAGUCCACAUCGUAUGUUAAAGAUCAGAUGAGUGAUCUCAUUUUAUAAUUUUGGAUAAUAAUAUUUUCCUCAUAAACUAGCUUUUGAGAUUGAGUUAAACACAAGAUUUAUUUCUUUAACCUGGCUCAAAUAAUGUUGGUUGAUAUAUUAUAUGUAUGCAUUAUGUUGUUAUCAAAAUUUGCCACACAUUAAUUAUAAU